AUGUUGACCUCUCCUUGCUCUUCUUCGUCUCUCCUCUGCCAUCGCCCAGCUCUCUCCAGCUCGCGCUCCAAGUUUAGGGCUCCGUGUCGAACUGUCUUCUCUCCUGCUCUCACCCAGAUUUCCCCAAUUACUGCUUCACCUUCUAAGUCCGCCAAGCACAAAUGGAAGAUUUUGUGCUUUAGAAAUGAGGAUUCAGCUCCUGAGAAUCCGGAGCAAUUCGUGCCGGAGGAAGUCGUUAAACCAGAUCAAGAGUAUCCUUCUUCAGAUAAUAAAGAUUGCAAGACAACUCUUCAAAAGGCUGCAGAUGCAGUGUUGAAAGCCAUUGGAACUCGUUGGAAGGUACCAUGGACUGCAGAGACCAUUGUGCAGGUAAUGGUUUUAUGGGUAGCUGCAUUCUGGUUCAUUGGAUCAUGGAUGAUCCCUUUCAUGGCGCAUAUAUCAGGUUUCCACAAAGACUCGCUCACAUUCAGAGGCCAAGCUUUGUUCAGUCUUAUAACCGAUGUAACGGAAGGUCUAGCUGGGAUUGCUAUCCUCCACCGUUGCCUCUCCAUGUUCCGUCCACUUGCAAGUGAUUGGUUCCGCUUCACCCUCAAAGGAAACUGGCAGCUAGACGUUAUCAUAGGCUGUUUCAUGUUCCCUUUCGUUAACCGUCUCUCCCAGCUAAACCUCAAUCUCUUGCCUCUCCCACCAACUUCAAGUCCGAUCUCACUCUCAAGUGUCGAGCAGUCGAUAAUGGCUAGAGACCCAGUGGCAAUGGCGCUGUAUGCGGUUGUGGUGUCGGUUUGUGCACCGGUUUGGGAGGAGAUAGUGUUCAGAGGGUUCUUGUUGCCGUCUCUGACUAGGUACAUGCCGGUUUGGUGUGCGAUUCUUGUGAGUUCUGUUGCGUUUGCGCUGGCGCAUUUCAAUGUGCAGAGGAUGUUGCCGUUGGUGUUCCUGGGAGUGGUUUUGGGUCUGAUAUUCGCAAGGUCAAGGAACUUGUUACCUUCGAUGCUGUUGCAUAGCUUGUGGAAUGGCUUUGUGUUCAUGGAGUUGAUGCGAUGA